AUCGAAAACUCCGUUGGUGCCAUUGCCGCAUUUCCACCUCUUUUUCGACUUGAAAAUCAACAGCGGCGGCCUCAUUGGAUUCUGCUAUUUUCUUUGUUUUUUUUUUAUUUUAGUUAUUGGCGCUUUUACGCUGCUUGUCUCGGUGUUUUUUGAUAUAACGUACAGAGAGUAAAUUCCAUCCCUAUUAUUCUCCUGCACUGAGUUGCAGAUUUUACUGGAACCACCUUUGAAACAUAAUGUCUAUUGCGUCAAGUCCUCCCGAUCGUGAGGUUUCUGCAACUUUCAAGCUCCUUCUCAUAGGGGACUCUGGGACGGGAAAAUCAUCCCUGUUAUUGAGGUUCACGGACGAUACGUGGUUGCAACCUGACCAGACAUCUGCUACAAUAGGAGUGGACUUCAAAGUGAAAAUCGUUGAUGUGGACGACAAGAGAUUCAAGUUGGCCAUUUGGGAUACGGCUGGUCAGGAACGCUUCCGCACUCUCACAUCCAGUUACUAUCGUGGAGCGCAAGGUGUGAUUCUUGUCUAUGACGUUUCAAAUCGGCAAACAUUCGAACACCUGCAACUGUGGUUUACAGAGUUAGACACAUACUCAUCCAGUCGGGAUGUGAUCAAAAUGAUUGUGGGAAAUAAAUGCGAUAAGGACACUUCCGGGGUGCGAGAAGUUUCGCGGAAGGAAGGGGAAGCAUUUGCCCGGAAGAUGGGCACUCUGUUUAUCGAGACCAGCGCAAAGACAAAGACUGGCGUCAUGGAUGCUUUUGUGGAAGUUGUAAGGAAGAUUUCUGAAACACCGUCUCUGUGGCAAAAACAGCAAGGGCCACGACCCGGCGCUGUUCAAGUGCAUGGAGAUGAAAAUGCAGAGUCUUCAGGAAUGUGUGCCUGCUAGAUAAAUGAAGCUAUCCUGAGGAUCUGGGGCUCACUAGAGGACUUUUCUUUCGGAGCAUUCUACUGCGGCGAUGGCGGCCAGAAAUGCCGCUUUUCUUUCUUUUUAUCAUUUAUGGACGGCGGAAACGAAAGGCCUUACUUAUUGCAAGCUGGUGGGGGGCCUUGUAAAUAGCGGGCUGGGCCGUUGUGCUGGUUGUCCUGAUAUGUGUGUUGUGUUUGCUGUUAAAGGUUACGGCGAUGUGCAAAGUUUGUACCUCAAUACUUAGAUUUUUUCAACGUUAGCUGAGCAGAACGGGCCUUUUGAGCCCGUCAGUUUGGUAAACACAAUGAAGAGGUGGGAAUAGGGUGCCAAAACCGCUGGUUGUCGCGCUCUCGGAUGCCGCCGUGGAAAGCUUGCCGUGUUGUCAUCUCAUCCUCUUCCUCAGUUUAUCCGUACGCCCAGAGAAAAAGAUACAGGUUAAGCAACAGCGCGUAGGAUCCUGUUCGGCAAGGCUUCCGGUGUGGGAUGUGCAUAUGGG